AUGUCCUCCAUGAUUCCCAUGCAAGUCUAUGGCCUCGAGGUCCCGCCCGGGGACGACGUUCUGGUUGAAGCUGCGCCAGACUUCCCUGCGACCUUCCGCAUUACUAUGGCAGCGCUUGAUCCCAGCGCUAUUCCUCUACUCGACUUCCAUCCUGACGGCGCUGCCCCUCGUGCGACAUUGAAGCUUAUUAGGGAGCGCAUUGACCCCCUCGGCGACGACGACUCUGACGACGACGACUACGACGACGACAUUGACGCAAUCAGAGCUCGCCUGGGCAUAACAGAAGAAGAUGAUGAGGACGAGGACGAGGACUCCGAGGAAUCGGAUAGCGAUGACGAAAAGAACGGUGGACCGAGCGACCCCUCCAGGUCGAAGAAGGCGAUCGUCGAGAAGCUGAAGAAAGCGCUCAAGGGCAAGGAAGACAUGGACCUUGACGAUGUUCCGAAUGGCCUUGCGAACGGCAUCAAAUCUGAGAAGGGCAAAGGCAAGGCCUCUGACGUCGUCAGUCUUGGAGAUGAUAGCGACGAGGAAUCAGAGGACGAUGAAAUAGAGGAGUUUGUGCUCUGCACCCUAGACCCUGAGAAGCAUUAUCAACAGCCUUUAGACAUUACUGUCAACGAAAAUGAGAAGGUUUAUUUCAAGGUCUCCGGCACGCACACCAUCUUCCUGACUGGAAACUACGUUAUUGAGCCAGAUGUCCACAACCACGACCACGAGGAGGAUUCCUCUGACGAAGAAAUGGAAUACGAUCUUUCGCCUGAUGAGGAUGAGCUGGACGAUGAAGAUGAGGAGGACGAUGUGCUCGAUAGUAUCAAGGACCCUCGGAUCACCGAAGUUGACUCGGAGGAAGAGGAGGCCCCCAAGCUGGUCAAGGCUGCGAAGUCAAAGGGCAAGAACAAGCGCCCAGCUGACGACUCUGAUGAAGAGCAAGCUGUCACUCUGGACGACAUGAUCAGCAAGUCAAUGAAGUCGGAGCCAGCUACCAAUGGCGAACAGCACCUGAGCAAGAAGCAGCUCAAGAAGCUUAAGAAGAACGAUGGCCAGGCCACCGCCACCGCAAAGGACCAGAAGGACACCCCGAACAGCGCGAAGAGCGAUAAGAAAGUUCAAUUCGCCAAGAACCUUGAACAGGGGCCGACUGGGUCUCCCUUGGCGGCGAACGGCAAGAAUGGUGUCAAGAAGGACGAGAGCCUAAAGACUGGCCUCGGGCCAAAGAUCGUUCAAGGUGUUACCAUCGACGAUAAGAAGCUUGGAAAGGGUCCUGCCGCGAAGAAGGGUGACAGGAUUGGCAUGCGCUACAUCGGAAAGCUUGCCAAGGAUGGCAAAGUCUUUGACUCAAACAAGAAGGGCAAGCCGUUCACCUUCAAGCUCGGCGUAGGCGAGGUCAUCAAGGGCUGGGACAUCGGCGUCGCUGGCAUGACUGUGGGAGGUGAGCGUCGCAUCACCAUCCCAGCCAAGCUGGCCUACGGCAACAAGGCUCUCCCCGGGAUACCUGCCAACUCCGAGCUCGUCUUCGAUAUCAAGAUGAUGUCGGUGAACUAA